AUGGCGCCUCACAAGUACUCGGUCAUCCUGCCGACCUACAAUGAGCGCCGCAACCUCCCUAUCGUCACCUGGCUGCUGAACCGCACCUUCACCGAGAACAAGCUCGACUGGGAACUCAUCAUCGUCGACGACGGCUCCCCCGACGGCACCCAGGAGGUUGCCAACCAGCUCGUCAAGGCCUACGCCCCGCACGUCAUCCUCAAGGCCCGCACCGGCAAGCUGGGCCUCGGCACCGCCUACGUCCACGGCCUGCAGUUCGUCACGGGCGACUUCGUCAUCAUCAUGGACGCCGACUUCUCACACCACCCCAAGUUCAUCCCCCAGAUGGUCGCCCGCCAGAAGGAGGCCGACUACGACAUCGUCACGGGCACCCGCUACGCCGGCAACGGCGGCGUCUACGGCUGGGACCUCAAGCGCAAGUUCGUCUCCCGCGGCGCCAACCUCUUCGCCGACACCGUCCUGCGCCCCGGCGUCAGCGACCUGACGGGCUCCUUCCGCCUCUACAAGAAGAGCAUCCUCGACAAGGUCAUCUCCAGCACCGAGAGCAAGGGCUACACCUUCCAGAUGGAGAUGAUGGUCCGCGCCAAGGCCAUGGGCUGCUCCGUCGCUGAGGUGCCCAUCUCCUUUGUCGACCGCGUCUACGGCGACAGCAAGCUGGGCGGCGAUGAAAUCGUCGAGUACGCUAAGGGUGUGCUGUCCCUGUGGAUGAAGGUCUAA